AGCGCAAGUUAUCCAGGAACCACUUCCGAUUGCAGCAACUACUGACGCGACUGCACCUCCUUACCUGUCGCGACGCGACCACCGCCGGGAUCAGAGGAUAAGAACAUUGGACAGCUUCAGUGUUUGCAGAGUUUUUAGAGCAAAUGUAUCUUGUGAUAACAUCGACCCAAGGAGAUCCGUUGGGUAGUGCCGUCUUGAGCGGAAACCUCAGGCUCGUCGUGCCCCUUCAAGUUGGUCCUAGAACUAGCGGGUCCGUAAAUAAAAUUUAUUCAAUAGCUGGACCAUGCAUAAGCAUACCAAUCGCACUUUCAUGCACUUCCUCCCGCGUUUACCAGUACCCUCAUCUUUGCAAUGGAUACUUCCACUGGAGCAUGCCCAACCUGUGCUUCAGAUGAGUCCCGUUCGUCCCUCGUCCUCGGCCCACAUGCUAGUGCAACGCCGAGACCAUCGCCCUGCUAUACUACCGUGACAGAUGGUACUCCGCUGCCGAAUCUCGAACAGCCAACCAUGAACCCAAACAACUCCGUCAUACUCAUACAGAACAACUACAUUGCGGAGGGGGGAACCAUCAACAUAUUUUCAAGUCACUGCACCGGUUCCACUGUGACAAAGCUGGAGCAUGUAGCUCCAACUGCAGAGUCCGCACUCUUUGAGCCUCCGUUGGUGAGGCAGUCAGAGCCUGUGGAGCCACGCCGUGAAAGGGUAGUAUUGAGCGGCAACUCGUUUGGCGAGUGCGUCAUGAUAAAUGUAGGAUCGCCAAAUUGCACUAAGGCUGUAAAACAAACCGCUCUUGCAUCCCGCAAACAUCUAGCGGGAGGAAGGGUUUAAGGCUGGUCUUGUAAUGUAUUCACCUGUGUGCCUAUGUAGAGAUACAGUUCACCGGCAUUUUUUAACACGGAAUGAAUUGUAAGCUUGGUGCCGGCCAUCUCGACGUACCAAGUAAUAGAGA